CGCGCACCUUCGUUCGGCGAGGGUUAUCGUGUUCGGUGGUGAAUACUCGUUGCGGGUGACGGAUCGCCACCGUCUGUCAUUCGUCGAUCAGCUGAUCCCUGGUUAGUGUUAUCCUGGCAACUGCCUCGUCGUCCAAGCCAGCAACGAUUCAGUCGACCAUCCUCUCAACGUUCCAGCCCAGUGCCUGCGAAUUAGGAAGUGGCUGAGCACCCGUGGGACAACAAGAUUCAGGGUAGAAACACGAGAGUCCGAGAAAAGUCCUGGACAGACGAGAGGAGCGUGAUUGAAUAACCGUGGGAAACUUAAAAAAAGAACUCUGGGUCAAGGUUCGAAGAACGUCAGACAUCAGAACGAUGUGAGAAGACUAUAUGGGUGAACACCAAACGAGCAAGGAAGACUCGACGAAAUCACGAACACGUGGCGGGACGUGAAGCGGGCGUUGAGCCUGCUGUGCGUGAAGAAAUUCUCCGGCAGCGGAACAAUGCUGGAAGCGCCGCCCGGAAGUCGCGAGGACCUCGUGGAAGCAGCGAGAACACCAUGUACGCCCACAGAUCUGGACACGAUGCUAUAUGGAUACACGAACAACAUAUACGUGCUGGACCACACUCCUGAGUCCCUGCCGGACAUGGACAUGUUGCAACUGUUCGCCUCGCCAGCGGGUCGAGCGUUGCUCAGCAGCGACAAUCGGCCGAGAAGAUCGACGUCGACCUCCUCCUUGUCUCGAGAGUCCUCUUCAAGGUUGAAGAGCGGCAGAAGACCGUCGGGUACGGGCAUAGUCAGCGCACCGACCUCGCCACCGAGGCAACGCAAAUCUAGCGCGGAACUCUACAAAGAGGCUGUCGAGAUCCUCGGCCUCACCUGUUCGCUGACCGACAGCUGCCGAUGCAUCGACUGCCAGAGCAACUACUUCGACUGCGACGACGAUUGCGGUGACGCGAGACCGGAAUUGGCUGCAGGCACUCCGAUCCUGCUGGACCACGCUCUGUCGCAUCCGUUGACAUGUUCCAUUCAGUAGCAGCCGACCAACGCGUAAACAUUCCGAAAUCGGCCCUCCGUUAGUCCACUCUGCCACAUCGCGAACCCGAAAGUGACCCAAACCCGUCGGAGAGCCAUCCCAGUCGUUUUAUCCGUGACGAAGAGGCGACGUUCGACGCGUGCGCCUCCUUCACGUGCAAACGCUUGAACGAAGAUUAACGCGAACCGCGAGUUGAAGACGAAACGAAUCGACGUGGAACUCAACGAAGAACAAACUCCCGCCUCCGAUGUACAGGGUCGCAUAGCCACAACUUUGCCCAGCGAACGCGAAACGUCGAGAACUUGCACCAAGGUCUUGAUUCACGCUUCUUCGACGAGUACUCGUGCGUCCUCUUCCGAUCUUAAUUAUAUUAAUUACGUUCUUGCCUCUAAGUAAACUCUGCUCGAUUCGUGUAUUUGGUGUGCGUAGAGGAAGGUUGCUCAAGUUGGACCAUCUUCGACAUUCUCUGAAAUUGAAAUGUUAACUUUGCGGCCGUAUUUCCCACAGAUAUAGUACUCGCGCUGGUUUAAAGUAUUUUUGGGUAACUCGCGUUCAGACUGAAGCCUUCGAUUUUGUACGCGAAUUUAAAUACACGUGUACACGCGAAGAGCAAUUCAUGCGACUUAUUCGCAUAACAUCGCGAAUCUCGUAAAUCUCUGAAUAAUGGAAUAAUCACACGAUUGUGUAGUCACUAGUCAUUCGAAGGAAAUCUCAGACACUCGCAGUUAUGGGUACAAAUACUUGUAAAUUUUGAUAUUUGUACAAUUUUUUUGAAGACUUAUGAUAAAUGUAUUAUAAACUUGACUUCUGCAUAUAUUUAUUGUAACCUAAUACAAUGCUCAGGUUUUGAUAUAUUGUUGAAAUUUCUUCAUAUCUUUAUAAAUUGAAAAAAUGUAUUAAUUUCGAAAAUAUUUUUAAUUCCAUGGUCCUUUGAAAAUAUGAUACUUCCUACUGCACGCUAAACAACAGAUGUUUUUUUAACAGUUGAGUGUAACGAAUGAAGUGAAAAUGGCUAGUAUUCAAAACACAAAAACUACAAAAUUAUUUCUAUAUUUCAAAUGUUUGAUUGAAUUAAACUAUAUUCUUUCGCCGAAAGCAACCAAAUAAUUCAUUUA